AUGGACCAUGAAGGUUACGUCUCGAAUCCUUUCUCCAGCGAUGGGCUCUGGCGGCUUUCGAAAUUCACUUUGGAGUCACUCCAGCCGCUAGAGCCUCUACCUUGGAACGAGAAUCUCCCCGACCUCUCGGAGGGCGUUUUCAAGAGCCCGUUGGAUGUGUUUGACAAAGAUGGAUCGAAACUGCACGAAUUAGACGUAUUCGGAGCCGACCUUUUUGAGCCGAGUGUGUUUGCGGAGUCGAUAACGGAUACGUCGAGCGAUGGUCAACAUGAAGCUAGCAUCAGCGGACAGGAUUUUGACGACGAUCUUGAGGACUUUUGGAGACUUGAGAAUGUCGAUUUAGCGACAAAUACCAACAAAGUUCCAAGAUCAUGGGAGAAAUAUCAUAAUCGUCAGUUUAUCGAACCUCGUUCGGCAUACUUCAGUGAGUCUGGAGCAAAAGGGUUCGACGCUGCAAUUGAACAACAAAGCAAGAACGAAGAUAUCGUCAAAACAAGACGUAUCGCCCGUAAUGAUGUCUUCUUUCAAUCCCUGUUUCGGCUUGGGUUAGGAUGGAGCUCUAUGCUCUUUCGGUACAACGAACGACAAAAGAAGUUCGAGAGAACUGUUAGGAAUCUCCGGAUCUCCGGAGUUAGCCCUCUCGCCCUCGGCGGCGUAACAGACGAGAUAAUACAAUGCGGAAAUAACAUGCAACGAGUGCGCGCUUUCAUCAAGAGGGUUCCGACUAAUGCGGCGGAGCCGUCUGCGAUGUCGGCGUUCUCUACUUCCGCAUCCGUGAUAACUUACACACUGGAAAAGCAAUUACUUGGUUGCUCCAAGCACAUCAGCUCAGUCCUCCAGAUCAGAGCGCUGUUUCAGAGAUGUAGCGAAUUGGUCGGGGCUCUGGCAAACAUGAUGGAUGCGGUGGAAAAGGCCGGGUCGGAGGCUCGGAUCAUAUCCUCUAUAUUCAAACUGGCAGCCCAUUAUUCACACAUCUAUGGCCAGAUGGAGGGGCUUUUCCGAGAGAUUGUCUUCAAAGUUGUAGGGCCGUGGCUGACUUACGUCGAAUCAUGGAUCGGUUUUCGUCCAGAAACAUCCUCGUCGAUGGAGCUUUUGACCAGUGGUAGGAGCUUUGUUUUUCUCGAGAAGCAUGACGACAGGGGGAAAAUUCAAUUCCAGGAAAGAUUUGACUAUCUGUAUCUUCCAGAUCAGAUGCCUUCUUUCGUCCCUCCGGAUCAAGCGCACUUAAUUUAUGAGAGCGGACGCAGUCUUCGUUUGCUCAAACGGUCCCAUCCCAACCACCCUCUCGUGAAUGAUGGAACAUGCGUCGUUGAUACCCCGAACCUUGGUUGUGCUGGCACUUGGGCUGAGCUGGAAAGAAUACAAACCAAGGCUCGUGACUACGAAUCUAGACUACGAGCGGAAGUCCUCAAGUAUAACCGAGAGGGGCCAUCUCAACACAAAUCAAAUUUAAAGAUACCCGAUAAUGCCGAACCUAUAGAACCUCCUGAUGCCUUUGACCUAUUUGACAUCGAUAAUGCUCGAAAUGUGACUGGUUUGCUUCCGGACGAUGGCACCAUGAAGAGGGAAAAAUUCGGCCACUUGCUAGCCGAAAGCGAAUAUCUUGCUGAGGAGCAACGUUCUGGCCUCGAGACGAACUUCGCACCUGAAGUAACAUCCUCGCUCUAUCUUUCUCUUGCGCCCCUGCUCUCCUCGCAGGCUUUACUAAUCGAUUUUUCUUGUCUACACCUUCUUUUCAAGGAACACAAGUUGAGAGAUCAUUUGACUUUACAGUGGCGUUUCCAGCUUCUGGGCGACGGAUAUUUUACAUCUCGUCUUUCCCAUUCGCUCUUCGAUCCUGAAAUGGAAAGUGGCGAACGAAAAACUGGAGUCGUACGGAGCGGUGUUCACACAGGUUUACGCCUGGGAAGUCGUGAUACCUGGCCUCCAGCAAGCUCAGAGCUGCGCUUGGUACUGAUGGGCGUUCUCAAUGAAUGUUAUAAUGGCAAGUAUGCAGACGGCUCUGGGAAUCCAGAAUUUGAGAAAGAGAAGGAACUCCCUGGCGGACUGAGUUUCUCUAUCCGCGAGUUGACAGAAGCAGAGAUAGCCAAGUGCAAGAACCCUAACGCCAUUGAAGCAUUGGAUUUUCUUCGUCUACAGUACAAACCGUCGAACGUUUUAGACGCCAUCAUCACUCCACGCUCUCUCAAAAAGUACGAUUAUCUCUUCAAACAAUUACUACGACUCCUUCGGAUGGUCUCAGUUGUCAAGGGAAUCAUUCGGGACUCGACAGCGAGGGAUUCACUCUCGGGAGAUACUCGAAACAUACUACAAAGGUUCCGGAUAGAUUGCCAACAUUUCGUACUAGCCCUCAGUGACUAUUGUUUCCAGCUUGGCAUUGGAUCCACAUGGCGGCGAUUCCAGGAAACACUAUCUAAAAUCGAAUCCUGUCUAGAUAGGGGCAAUAUCGAUGGUACCAUCGAAGCAGCCCAUUCCAUCCCCAGGCUUAGGGCAUCUCACGAAGACACCCUAGAUCAGAUGAUAUUCGCGCUUUUCCUGAGCAAACGGCACGCCGAAGUUGCCAAACUGCUAGAUGGCAUAUUUGACACAAUUCUCAAAUUUGCUCCGCUGUCGCGAAUGGAUGGAAUGCACGGAGUGCGGCAUGAAAGCGAGGCCGUCAUCAAACGCUUAUAUGCCUUGUUUAGAAAACAAACGUCCGCUUUUGUCGGGUAUCUUCGCGGUCUUGACGGUGCAAGGGCGGCUGCGCCAUCUAAGUCAUUGGGCAGAAGCAGAUCCGGAAUGGCAUUUGCGUCGAGAGAAGGUCCUACGAACGUGUUUGACCAUCUCCUGGUGCGGUUAGACAUGAAGAGGUACUACUAA